AUGGACUUACAAGAAAACGGAGGUCAGCUCCUCCAGCCUAAGAUCCACCCUCUCAAGCUCUUCGAUGCAGCCAGAUCCCAGAAACGACUCCUAUACGCCUGCGCGCCCAUGGUGCGGUACAGCAAGCUCGCCUUCCGGCAGACGGUGCACCACUUCGGCACGGACCUAUGCUGGACGCCCAUGAUCCUAGCUAAGGAGUUCAACCGGAGCAGUGUGGCGCGCGACAGCGACCUAACCGUCUCGUCGACCGGCGCCGAGGUCCCGACCAUAGCCCAAUUCGGCGCCAACGACCCCGUCGAGUUGUCUCGCGCUGCCUCCCUCGCCGCCCCCUUCGUCAACGGCGUCGACCUCAACUGCGGGUGUCCCCAGAGCUGGGCCUGCGCCGAAACCCUGGGUGCCGCGCUGAUGGGCCGCCGCGAGCUGGUGCGCGAUAUGGUGGUUGCGACGAGGGAGCGGCUCGCGCGCGACGGGUGGGAUGUAGAUAGUUUCGCCGGUGCCGAUUCCGAUGUUGACGGUCGCGUAGGCCGUAGCGUCAGCGUUAAGAUUCGAGUACAUAAGGACCUGCGGCAGACAGUAGACUUUAUCACUACUGUCUUAGGGGACGAGCACCACCGGAACAUCGACUGGCUUACCAUCCAUCCGCGCACGCGCAACACUCCUAGCAGUAUACCCAUUAAUGUCGAGGCGCUCGAGAUGCUCACCUCUAUGUUUGGCACGAAACUGCCAAUCCUCGUAUCUGGCGACGUUUUUACCUUGUCUACACUCCCGUACACCUCUCACCUCCUAGACCCCCAGCCCACAUUCACUACCUCUAGCGAUUCGUCCCUCGAUACCACUGGGAACAACUCCUCCAAGCCAAAACUCCACUUACCCAACCUAUCCGGCCUCAUGUCCGCACGCGCACUUCUCGCAAACCCGGCGCUCUUCGCCGGGUACAACGCCUGUCCCUGGGAAGCCGUCGACGUAUUCAUGAACAAUGUGGCACGAGCACCGCUACCCCUUAAACUAGCGAUACACCAUCUAAAUGAGAUGUGCGGGCCAGGCUUCGGCCCGGACCGUAACGCCGCCCUACUAUCGAAGAAGGAACGCAUACGUCUUAACGAGAUAAGUAACUGGAUCGACGUGAUUGACUAUAUGGACGAGAUCAAGAGUCAGCGUGGAGGGAAAGGCGGCGUCGUGCGAUUUACUUGA